AUGGCAGACCGACGACGCAUUAAUGGCCCUGGAGGUAUCACAGUGGCACCUGUUUACGAAGCAGAUGAGUUUGCUGCUUCCACUCGGACUCGUGCUCCAAAUGGUAUCAGGUCGCAAUAUUUGCAGACUGGGGUGACCCCAUCCGCCUCUGGAUCGGCGUACCUAGAAAUUGAAUCACGGCAAGAUUCUAGCAGUAAGGGCAUGAAACUUUCAUGCACUGUUCAUGGGCCUAGGUCUCUACCUCGAUCAGCGCCCUUCUCCCCUCACAUGGUCCUCUCUACACAUGUCAAAUACGCACCUUUUGCAACACGUCAAAGAAGGGGUUAUUUACGCGAUUCUGCCGAGCGUGACUUAAGCACCCAUCUUGAAGCAGCUCUCAGGGGCGCACUCGUUGCAGACCGUUGGCCCAAGAGUGGAGUGGAUGUGGUUGUUACCAUUAUUGAAGGAGACCAAGCCCGCCAGGUAGCUGUGGAACAUGGAAGCGAGGAAUGGGAUAUGAUGAACGUGCUUAGUGGCUGCAUCACUGUUGCCGCCGCCGCUCUCGCGGAUGCUGGUAUUGACUGUGUCGAUACUGUCUCUGGAGGUGUUGCGGCUUUGGUGCCUGGGGCGGACAAUGAUGAACCCAUCAUGGUGCUCGAUCCAGUUCCUUCGGAACACUCGCAAAUACUCGCAGCUUGCUGUGUGGCCUAUCUUCCCUCCCGGGACGAAAUCACAAAUCUCUGGCUGAAGGGAAGCUUGCCUUCAUCAGAUGCCAGUCUGCAUCGCGACCUUGUCGCCCGUGCCGUACAUGCAAGCAAAGGAGCCAACCUUGCAGUAGCUGCAUCACUCAAAGAAUCAGUCAUCGCGGGUUGA